AUGACUCGCAGAACCAAGAGCGCCGCCCGCAAGGCCCGGGAGAAGGCCGCAGCUGAAGAAGGAGGCGCCAAGCUACAGAAUGUGGAGAAGAUGAUGGGCGAGCUCACCAUCAAGAAAGAAGAUGAUGAGGGCGAGGAGAAUGGCAACAAUGGAGGAGAAGGAGGCGCCGAUCUUCACGACAUUGAGGAGAUGAUGAUCCAGUUGAACAUCAAGAGGGAGGAGGAUGCCGACGGCGGCAGCAACCACGACGGGCAUGAUCAGAAGGGUGGUGAUGCGGUUUUGCAUUGUGUUGAGCUGAAGGAGGCGUUGAAUGACCUCAAAAACGUCAAGAACGUUGAUGCCAAUGAGGAGAAGAAGGCGAACGGCAAGAACAGCGCGCCAAAGAUGAACAGGAAGCUGACCGAGAAGGAGCAGGCGAAGGUUCAGACGAACCUCGUCGCGCGCUGGGAGAAGUACUUUGGCAAGAGAAAGUUGGCUGACUGGCAGCGUCUCUGCGGUGAUCUGGGUCUGGAGGCGGAUUUGCCCACCAAGACCCAAUGCCGAAGCGCCUUGAAGACGGUCCACAUCAGCAUCAAGCAGUUUCUCAGUGUCGAGAACCGGCCGGGUGAUGUCGAAUUCUUCAAGAAUCCCUCCCAACUUGGAAGGUAUUGCCGCAAGAAUCACAUGUUCAUGUCCAGCAAGGAGCUUCCCAAGGGCGAUCCGCUCCGCUCCCUACGACGCAAGAUGAGGUUUUAA